AAGGCCUGGAUAGGGCAGCAGCUACAGGUGGCAGCUAGGCCCCAAUUCUCUCCUAUCUAUCCCUGUUCUACUUCAUUCCCCAGUCAGUCAGCCUCCCAUCUGCCAUUGCUGCAAACUGGAGCUCUAUCUGUAUGGGUUUGCAGGUGAUGCAUGGCAGGCCCUGCGCCUCGCGCUGCUCCUCGUCCUCGUCUGGGGUGAUUCAGGUCCAGCCCCUGAAGCAGUCUCACCAUCCAUUGAGUGGAAGGUCACUUUCCUCUGAAUCCCUUGCUGUACUGGCUUUGCAUCUCUUGCUCAGACGUCACAAAUACCAUAAUGGGGACAUUGUGAGAACUUCUGCAUCUUCAUCCGGUGUGCUUCAAAUCACAGAGAACAAAUCAAGUAGCUGUACAAAAGAAAAGGUGGAUGCAGAAAGAAAGGCCCUGGACGAUGCUCUCGACAGAAAUAAGCAGCUUGGCAGUCUAAAUAAAGAGAUGUCCUAUUGGAUGGAUUUGGGUUGCACAAACAGCAAUUUGCAGUACAGCUUGUUAAUGCAAAACCUUGGCGAGUUGGAAAAUAGUUUGGCUGGUAAAGAGUUAGCAGUGCUGGAAAAGGAUAUUCACGUACAUAUCGAACAACUUGGAGCAUUGAAAUCGUUUGAUGCGUCCAUGUCCAGGGCCACCCUAGACACCCUAACGCAUGCCUCACAUGAAUCGGAUUGUUCUCUAUUUGACAAAAUUAUUAAGUUUGAUCCUGAGACUCCUCUGAAGGAAGAAGACACUGAGGUGAUUAUCCGAAGCGGCAAGAAUCAAGAGAGGAAACUGAAAAGAAUAAGGGCAUCAGAAAAAGGAUCUGGGAUCUCCUUGAACGUGUCUAAACGAAAAUCAAGAAAAUCACGGACAUUGAGCAGUAGUCAAUUUAUAUCCGAGUGGAAGAAUUAUCCGGGACGGCGAAGGAGCAUUGCACGUGAACAAUCAGCAUUGUUAGUGACUAUCAAGGAAUGCGCAAACCUUGAGAAAAUUAGAGAGAACAUGGUAAAGGAGGGGCAGGAGGUCAACUAUCACAGGUGGGCAAUGGCAGCUGGAGUUGAUGAAGCAGAGCUGAAGAGCAGGCUGCAGGCAGGUUACUGCAGCCGAGAGAGGUUGCUCGUGACCACCGAGUGGCUAGUCAAGUACAUUGCAAGAACAUACACCGGAAUGGGUACGGCUUUCGAUGAUCUACUUCAGGCUGGGAAAAUGGGAGUCCUUGAUGGCGCCGAGAAGUUCGACAGCCAGAAAGGGUGCAAGUUCUCCACAUACAUCAAGUACUGGAUCAGGAAAGGGAUGCUAGCUCUCCUGGCUGAGAAUUCAGGAGUGACCCUGCUGCCUGCAAGAAUGGAAAGCAUCAUUCGUAAAGUGAAGGAGGCGCGGCGCGCAAUCCGGCACAGCGCAGGGAGGAAUCCAUCGGAUUCAGAGAUCGCCACCAUGGUUGGCGUGUCGGUAGCCAACGUCAGGUUGGCGCGGAAGUGCUCUCGGAGAGUGGUGUCACUCUACACAGAUAUUGGAAUUGGUCAGAAUGCAAAGUUCGCGGAGGUGAUUCCGGACACAUCUAUGGAGGCUCCAGACGAGGCCAUCUUCCGGAGCCAGCUGAGGGAGAGGCUGCUGCUCGUGCUGGACAGGCUCCCGGCACGGGAAGGCCACGUACUGAAGCUGCGGCACGGCCUGGAAGACGGCAAGUGCAUGUCACUGGAGCAGAUCGGCGGCGUGUACCGUGUGUCCAAGGAGUGGAUCAGGAAGAUCGAGAAGUCGGCCAUGGCGAAGCUCAGGAACGAGGACGUGCGCCGUGAACUCAACGACUUCUGUGGGUUUUAGUGCUCCUGGAUUCUGAUCUAUCCUGUGCGCAGCAAGAACCUGGCAUCUGGUACAUAACUGCACAAGGGUAGCAUGUAUAGCUUCCAGAAAAUUUGUCAACAUACUUUCUGAAACUGUGAUAGCAUCAGACAGAACUUGUAUAUAUCAAUUGACAUUUUUCGCAAUAUUCACAUGACACUUAUUGCUCUGGUGAGUAGCA